CAUGGCAUGAAGUGGACGCCCAUGUUCUGUUUCCUUUCUCACUUGCCAUUCAUUCGUACUUUCAUAGCAUGAAGGACGCUCUGAGUGAAGAGCAGAUUGCUGAGUUUCUGGAAGCCUUCCGUCUUUUUGACAAAGAUGGGGAUGGUAUCUAUCUAUCUUAUAUGCAUAUCACGUUCUUCAACCUCUGUUUUCUUGCUGUUCAUGAAAAAGGCUGUAUAACCAUGGAAGAAUUAGGCAGUGCCAUCAGAUCAUUGGAUCAACAUCCUACCCAGGAAGAGUUGCAAUUUAUGAUCAGCCAAGUGGAUGCAGAUGGCAACGGAACCAUUGAGUUUGGAGAGUUCUUGAAUCUCAUGGCCACCAAAACCAAGGAAGCCGAAGCCGAAGCAGAAGAGGAAUUCCAAGAAGCUUUCAAGGCGUUCGACAAAGAUCAGGAUGGUUACAUAUCCCCCUCCGAGCUGAGGCAUGUUAUGAUAACUGUGGGAGAGAGGGUGACGGAGGAGGAACUUGAGCAGAUGAUCAGAGUGGCUGAUUUGGACGGCGAUGGCCUGGUGGAUUACCAAGAGUUUGUGAGGAUGAUGCUGGCUGUUUAAUUAUUU